AUGUCAACACUCGAUCGCGACCUUGCUGCUGUGCGCAAUGCCAUCUCUAAAAAGCAGCCCUUCGUCACUGGUACCCAUCCUCUGACCGACAACUCUGGACUCUUCUUUUUUCGAACCGGAGGCGGUACAGGAGCACGUUGUAUAGACCUCGCCAACGCCGACGACGCGAGCCUUCAAGUAUUGCUAGAAGCGUGUCAGCCGGCUCCUUUUGGCGUCGACAACAAAGAUGUAUUAGAUGAAACUUAUCGAAGAGCUUGGAAGAUGGACAACGCCAAUUUCGCGACGCGCCUUGACGUCGUUAACACCGGAAUCUUGGAAAGUAUUCGCUCAAUGCUUAUGCAGGGAAACGAGAACAAGAAAAUUCGGCCGGAGAUGUACAAGUUGAAUGUUUAUGGUUCUGGCUCUUUCUUUAAAGCGCACAAGGAUACUCCCCGCGGCGAGAACAUGUUCGGCUCACUCGUUGUCGUUUUCCCUACUCGCCACGAAGGUGGAGCCCUCCAACUCCAUCACAAGGGCCAAGAAUGGACGUUCGACUCCGCAUCCAUCACUUCCACGCAAAACGUCCCUUCAAUCGCUUACGUCGCAUUCUACGGCGACGUCGAACACGAAGUAUCCAUGGUCACCUCUGGCUACCGCGUCACCCUGACAUACAACCUCUAUUUCGACGACGACACCACAUCCAAUCCGAGUCCUUCCUAUCAUUCAUGGAUGAAGGAAGACGAACUUGCACUCCGCACAUCCCUAUCCGCCCUUCUCAACCAUCGCGAUUUAUUGCCCGACGGCGGCUAUCUCGGUUUCGGUCUCGAAUUCAUGUAUCCCGUCGCGCGAGGGACCAUCCAAGGGCUCAUCAACUCCCUCAAAGGAAGCGACGCCAUGAUCAAACUUGUCUUAUCCCAACUCAACUUCCAACCCCAAGUCAAAAUCAUCUACGAGGAUAACGAGGAUUCAUACCCUGAAGGUGAAAUGUACGCUGACCAGCUGCCCCUCAAGAGGCCUCACAUCAUGUUGGACGACGAAGAUGAACUUCCGGACUGGGGAACCGAGGAUCCUUUUCGGGUUUCGUUACCCGAAGCUAAUCACGGUAUAGUGAUUUGCGGUGCGGAUGAGGUUGGGGAAUACCCGAACUACGGCCGUGGGGUCAUUCGGGCUAAGAAGGUGUUGUGGGUCACGCCACAGACGACGUUCAACAGCCUCAAGUCCCCUUAUGUCGCUUAUGGAAACGAGGCGUCGCUUGGGUUCAGUUACGGAAAUGUGUGUCUCGUCGCGGAGGUUCUGCCUUCGGGGAAGCGAGUGAAAUGUACUACAUAAACAGCAACUUGUGUAGGAUGUAUAAAUAGUCAUUUCGACUUUUUCUCGCUA